AUGAGCGAACACGGCCUUGAUUGGCUACAAGAUAAGGCCAUCGGCUGGAGCCACACACCACCAGUAAACAAAAUCGACACUCACCAUCAUUGUGUGCCACCUUUUUAUGCCAAGGCGGUCGAAGAGCAAGGAGGCGAUCCAAGUGGCUGGCCAACUCCACACUGGAGUCCGCUGGCUUCCAAGCUGCUGAUGAAGCGCGUGGGAGUUCAGACAGCAGUGCUCUCUGUGACAGCUCCAGGAGCCUGUAUUAUCCCAAACCGCCAGGCGCGCGCUCAGCUUGCGAGACGAUUGAAUGAAUAUUCAGCCGAUCUCCGAGAUAAAAAUCCGGAAAGCUUCGCCUUUUUCGUAUCGCUACCAAACAUUCUUGACACCGAGGAUGCCCUCGCGGAGAUUGCCUACGGGUUAGAUACUCUCCAUGCAGAUGGGGUUACUCUUUUCACUCGCUACGGCUCCUCCAACACCUAUCUUGGCCACCCUGAUGUUGAGCCCAUCUGGGCUGAACUGAAUAAGCGAGGUUGUGUCGUUUUUAUUCAUCCUACUCACCCAGUCGAUACCAAUCCAGUCAACUCAAAGCUCCCACAGCCAGCCAUUGACUAUCCCCAUGAGACGACGCGUACGGCAAUGGAUAUGAUCACCAACGGAACCCGGCUUAAGUAUCCCGCCUGCAAAGUCAUACUAUCUCACGCAGGUGGCGCUCUACCAUAUAUAAUCUCGCGCGUUACGACUCCCAUGAAGAGAGCACCAGACUUUGCGGUCUCGCACCGCAUGGGAACAACACAUGACAAAGCAAUGGAAUCAUUUCGUAGCUUCCAUUUCGAUCUUGCCUUGAGCUCUUCGCCACAGGUUCUGGAUAUGCUUUUGAAAAUGGUUCCGCACGACCAUAUCUUGUACGGCAGCGACUUUCCGUAUGCUCCAAUCACAGCCUAUCCGGCUUUUCUCGAGGCGCUUGAGUCGUAUGAAAUGGAUAAGGAGUUGAGGGACAUGAUCAAUUAUGGGAAUGCGCUCAAGCUGUUCCCCAGGUUAUUGAGGCAAAGGGGUGGUACUUCGUAG